GCUGCAAGAAUGUCACUUUAUGAUGAUCUCGGCGUCGGUGCCAGUGACACCAAGACCGAAGGCUGGUCCAAGAACUUUAAGCUGUUGCAGUCGCAGCUGAAGGUGAAGAAGGCGGCUCUGACCCAGGCUAAGACACAGCGGACGAAGCAGACCACAGUUCUGGCUCCUGUCAUUGAUCUGAAGAGAGGGGGAAGCGGCGAUGAUCGACAGAGCAUCGACACCCCUCCACACGCAGCAGCUGGACUCAAGGACGCUAUCCCCAGUGGCUUCGCUUCUGGCGACGUGCUCAUCCCCCUGGCUGACGAGUACGACCCCAUGUACCCCAACGAUUAYGAGAAGGUGGUGAAACGUCACCGAGAGGAACAGCAGCGCAAGAGGGAGCAGGAGCGACAGAAGGAGAUCGAAGARAGGGAAAAGAGGAGGAAAGAAAGGCAUGAAGGCGGAGCUCCCAGCGGCUUCUCACRUUUCCCGGCAACGGAGGAAGAUUCAGACGAGGAGGAGGAGUAUGAGAAAGAGUGGAGGAAACGAAGUUUGGGUGGAGCAGCUAUUGCCCCUCCAUCAUCACUUAUGGACAAAGAUAGUUCUUCCUCAUUUUCCCAUGAAGAUGAAGGUCGUCCCCCCCGAGGCUCGAAGGCAGCCAUCCCUCCCCCGAUGUAUGACGACUCAGACAGGCCUCGCUCACCGCCCAUCCCGACCAGCUCCUUCCUGGCAAACAUGGGAGGCACCGUGGCUCAUAAAAUCAUGCAGAAGUACGGCUUCAAAGAAGGUCAGGGUCUGGGGAAGCAYGAGCAGGGCCUGAGCACGGCGCUGUCUGUGGAGAAGACCAGCAAGAGAGGUGGGAAGAUCAUUGUGGGCGACGCAGCAGAGAAACCGGGGUCCAGCCAGUCAGGCGGUGCUGAGACUUCAGGUUCUGCAGCGGACGCUUCCAAGAAGUCCGACGCGAACCCGCUUACAGAGAUUCUGAAAAACCCAACCAAAGUGGUUCUGCUGAGGAACAUGGUGGGCAGAGGAGAAGUGGACGAAGACUUGGAGGGAGAAACAAAAGAAGAAUGCGAGAAAUACGGAAAAGUGGUUAAAUGUGUCAUAUUUGAGAUCGCAGAGGUACCGGACGAUGAAGCCGUCAGGAUCUUCCUUGAGUUUGAGCGGGUGGAGUCGGCCAUUAAAGCCGUUGUGGAUCUAAAUGGACGUUAYUUUGGAGGACGAGUCGUCAAGGCCUGCUUUUACAAUCUAGACAAGUUUCGGGUUCUGGAUCUUGGCGAGCAGGUCUGAUGUCACCAAUGGACACUAUGAGCUCACAUCAGCUCUCCGUUUGUACAUAAUUAUCUUUUUUUUUUCGUAUAAAUAUUACCUAAACAGCAAUGUUUAUGUGUAACCAUGAGCCCAUCAUGUGUUUCUUUCUUCAUGUMAAGACAAAAUAAAAGGUGUAAACCAUAACCUGUUUACGUUUUUAUGUAUCUGUGGAACUUGUAAACAUCCUUUAAUCUUCCACUUUCCAAGAAACCUCRUUUCACUGUAUGAAAUUUGUGACAUAAUUGCUGAGUUCUUUGGUAAUGUUAUGAUAUCCUCUGGGUGCAAGAGUCCCAACUUAGMCUUGCUGAUUUAUAAGAAGGGGACUAGGACAGUAACGUAGCCUCAUUCAAGCUUAUGUAAGAGUGCCAGGAGGACUCUGGGGCUUCCAGUUAACGGCAUCCAAAGACCUCCCAUUGGAGCAGCUUUAAUUCAGAUCAUUGAAACAGGUUGAUUGUUGGAGCAGAAAUAAGAAGAAAGACCUAAUUAACCUAAUAUUCCUGCUGUUUCUUGUAUUCAAGUCCACUUAAAUCACAGUCAUCAUCGAUGUAUGGUUUUCAAAACGUGAAUAAAAAAACCUUAUUGUGUC